AUGAAGGCAUUUGCUGAUGAGUUCAAGACCCAUGUCACCACCCUGCCAGCAGGCACCCUAGGGUAUCUUGACCAUGAGUACUACAAUACAUCCCCGCUAAGUGAGAAGAGUGAAGUAUAUAGCUUCGGAGUUGUGCUACUGGAGCUUGUCACAGGCCAGCCACCAGCAGUCCCCAUAAGUAGCACCGAGAGCAUCCACGUUGCGGUAUGGGUGUGCCAGAAGCUCUCUGAGGGUGACAUUGCAAGCAUUGCUGACCCAAGGAUGGGAGGGAUGUAUGAUGUCAACUCUGUCUGGGAAGUUGCAGAGUUGGCACUGAAGUGCAAAGAACAACCAUCAAGGGAGCAACCGUCAAUGACUGACAUUGUGGCAGAGCUCAAGGAGAGCUUGGAGCUGGAGGUGUCCUAUGCAAUGGGCUACUACAGCUCAGUCUCGAACAGCACAAUAAAUCUCAGCACAACAAGCGUUGAUUUGCACAGCGACGCUCAACCAAGUGCUCAUCUAGGACAGCAAGCUGUGCUUGAGUUGCAACAGGUAGACAAUGGAUCAACAGUUCGUAUAGGUCCUGCACAAAGAUGA